AUGAAGCCCGACGAUGAUCUUGUUGUGUCACAUCAUGGGCAGCGUGAUGAGGUCGGGCUUGAACAUUCUUCUGCCUCCCAGAAAGAACUUUUCCGCAACAUUCAACUUCGUGACGAGGAUGGUCAUGAUGUUAAUUACUUCAUUGGCCAACUCGCAUUGCAAGAAAGGGAUGCUUCGAGAUGCAAAAAGAUUGCCAGCUUAGAGCUGUCUGAAGAUGAAUGGUCUCGGGUCCAAAAACUUCUCUCGAUUCUUGGUGUACAUUUCGUGUUGUUUUUCGCAGAGUUAGCUCAGCAUUUGUUCUCCUCUGAGGAGGGUCCAACACUGCACCUGGCACUGCCAGCACUCGAAGCACUACACAGUGCCUGGUCAUCUCAUUCAGCACAGAUCAAAUAUAUUGAUUUUCAUCAAAUGUUGGAUGCCGCCAUUGAUAAAAUUUCAAAUUAUUACACGAAGUCAGCUGGUUCAGAUGCCCACAUCAUGGCUAUGCUUCUGGACCCAACACAAAAGGCUGCUCAUAUCCGUCGUUAUUGGGGGAAUGAUUUACUGCACGAGGCACUUAAGAAUGCCGAAGCAAUGUAUAAGGAGCGCUAUCUCGAGAUGCAUGGUGAUGAUGCAGAGAAGUCCUCGGCAUCUACGGAGCUUCGCACCAGCACCGGCAACCGCAGAUUGGAUGUUUUGCUGAACGAGCUUUCCGAUGGUGAUGAAGAUGCACUCGACGAACCAUACGAAGUUCCACCAACUCUAUCCAUCGAAGCCAUGGUUGCAUGA